AUGGCGGCUCGGUGCGUGGGGCUGGCGCGGCGCGUUCUCCCGGUCUUGGCGCGGCCUCUUGGGUCCGCUCCUCGAUCUCUGUGCACAGCCACCAAACAGAAGAACAGUGGUCAGAACUUGGAGGAGGACCCCGGUGCAAGCACCCAGAAGGCGGAGCCGCCGUCCUCAGAGAAGGUGCUGGUGGAGGAGAAGGUCCGGCUGGAGGAACAGCUGAAGGAGACCACGGAAAAAUAUAAGCGUGCUUUGGCAGACACUGAGAACUUGCGGCAGAGGAGCCAAAAACUGGUGGAGGAUGCCAAACUCUAUGGCAUCCAGGGCUUCUGCAAAGACUUGCUGGAGGUGGCGGACAUCCUGGAAAAGGCCACACAGAGCGUCCCGUUGGACGAGGUCCGCGAGGACAACCCUCACCUCAAGAGCCUCUAUGAAGGCCUGGUCAUGACCGAGGUCCAGAUUCAGAAAGUGUUCAUGAAGCACGGCUUGCUCAGGCUGGACCCUGUCGGGGCCAAGUUUGACCCCUAUGAGCACGAGGCCUUGUUCCACGCACCGGUGGAGGGCAAGGAGCCGGGCACGGUGGCACUGGUCAGCAAAGUGGGUUACAAGCUGCACGGGCGCACACUACGGCCCGCCCUGGUCGGCGUGGUCAAGGAGGCCUAG